UCUGCCAACAUGGCACCAGCAAGAAGAGCUUCCACGCGUGCGGAAGCACUCAUCACGAUGUCAUGCGUGGUGGCACUGACCAUCGUGCUGCUCGCGCAAUGCUGCGUGGCAUCCUCCAGGUCACUGCAGCUGGUCUCCUCAUCAGUCGCUAAUGCACCGGAAGGCAGCCAAGCCGGUGCCCCAGCGCCGGCGGCGGUGCUAGAGCCGCAGCCGCCGGCUGCAGAUGCUGCAGCCCCGCCGGUGGGAACUCCGGAGUACGCUCCUGUCGCUGGCGCGCCGCCGCCGUUGACUGGACACGGUCAGCACGUGAAGAGCAAGCACCAGGACCAUGAGAAAGCGCCACCCAAGCCGAAGCACCACCACCCGAAGGCGCCGCCCAAACACCACGGGCACCACGCGCCGCCGGAGCCGGACGUUUCGCCACCUGCGCCGGAGCCGGACGACGGGCAGCCGACACCAGGUGUGCCGCCGGCCGACAGCCCCCACGGCCAGAACCCGCCGUGGCCAUUCCCGUGGCCGCGCCCUGGCACUGGCCAGUGGCCGCCGUUCCACCCGCCACCGUUCCCGGCGUGGCCGCACCCAGGCCCGGACGGCAAAUGGCCGCCUCUGCCGCCGUUCCCGUUCCACCCACCGCCGCUCCCUGCGUGGCCGCAGCCGCACCGAAGAAACAACCCGUGGCCGCCGCUGCCGCCGUUCCAAUCGCCACCGUUCCCGGCGUGGCCGCACCCCGGCCCGGGCGGCAAAUGGCCGCCUCUGCCGCCGUUCCCGUUCCACCCGCCGCCGCUCCCGGCAGGGGGCAACUGGCCGCCGCUGGCACCGUUCCAUUUCCACCCGCCGCCGACGCCGGCGUGGCCGUGGCCUCAUCAUCCAGGAAACCCAUGGGCGCCGCCGUCCAUGCACGGCAGCGAUGGCGUCCCAGCCACGACGGUGCAGCAGAACCCCGAGAACUGACGCACGCGCGCUCUUUUGCCCCGAUAACACGAGAGGAAUUUUAUAUAUCAAUAAUGAUAGAUUUGUUAUAGCUGAAGGAGGAAAGAUCGAUUGGUAAUCGUAUAGGCUGUAAAAGUAAUCAUACUGGAACUGCAUUUGUGACAGUACGUAAUAUGACUUGUGUUAAUUUGAUCAGGCUCAAGAGCAUGAUGAUACGAAAUAAAAUCAGGCUAAGGGAGUAUUUGGAUGGCUACAAGCUCCAGUGUGAGCUAUAGUUUAUAAUAUUAAUUUAAAUAGUUUUAAAAAUAUUUUUAAUCGUUUAUCUAAAUAUCUUGUAAAGGCUUAUAGCUCCAGUUCCACGAUUUUCUGGAGCACCUAA